AACUUCUUUCUGCUAUUUCUUCUGUAAAUACCGAACCGUACAAAUAUCCAAUUUUGGUGGGGGGCCACGCCCACUUACCCAAAAAGAUUACAUCCAAAUAUGCCCCUUACUAGUGCGAUCCUUUUUUCUAAACUUUUAUAACUUUAUUUAUAGCUUAGUUAUGACACUUUAUGUGUUUUCGGAUUUCGCCAUUUUGUGGGCGUGACAGUGGUUCGAAUUUGCCCAUUUUCGAAUGCCCACCCUCUCACGGUCUCAAGGAAUAUGUGUGCCAAGUUUCGUCAAGAUAUCUCAAUUUUUACUCAAGUUACAGCUUGCACAGACGGACAGACGGAAGGGCAUAUAUCUAACUCGUUUAGUUUUAUGACUUACAAACAACCGUUAUGUGAAAACUACGAGUAUAAUACUCUCUUAGCAACUUUUGUUGCGAGAGUAUAAAAACAUACAGAAUAAAUUAUAUGUUAGCAAUGGUAAGACCAGAUCCUUCUUUUGAACUCAUUCAUAAAUGGUCAACGCAAUAGCAUUGGGUUGCAAAGUGGAUUCUAAAACUGGGAUAUAUAUAUAUAUAUAUAUAUAUGCUUUUACUUGUGCAGCGCUCACACAUUUAUAUUCAGUUUUAGUUAAACGAACCAACAGGUGAAAGUCGUCAACGCUAAGGGUUGCUUCCCUUAAAAUUGUAAUAGAAUCACUAUGACAACGCCACUAGCCAAACAAUUCGACAGCUCGAGAAAAAAAUUAGUGUCUGAAGAGUUUUUAUGGAGAAUAAAACAAGUUUUUUAAAAUGCGUUUAAAGACUCAUAUUUGCAAGCGAACCUCAGUUAAUACUAAUGUGGAUUAUCGGCUGCGGAAUUCGGCAACACAAAGAAACUCGAGUGGAGCCAAGGAGAAGGAAAGUAAUGAGAAGUCGAAUAUUAUACCUUUAAGCUGUGUGGACUGGAGCAGCAAUGAAGAAAUUUACUUUGUUAGUGAUGAUCACCAGAUCUACAAAUGGAGCGCCGUUACACGCGAUUCCGUGGAAGUGGCCAAACUGCCCGAUGACUUCAUACCCACCGAUUUGCAUUGGCUGCUCUUGGGUGGGCGCAACAGUGGUGGCGGCAAAGGAAGUGAUACACUACUCAUCUGCAGCAAUGAUGGCCGCUUAAUAAUACUGAAUAAGAGCGCGCGGGUGGAGCGGAAUAUUUCAGCACAUAGCGCUGCGAUCAGCACAGGACGUUGGAGCCCGGAUGGCGCCGGUCUACUCACAGCUGGCGAGGAUGGUGUUAUCAAGAUUUGGUCACGCUCUGGUAUGCUGCGCUCUACUGUAAUACAGAGCGAUGAACCCAUUAGUUGCGCACGUUGGGCGCCCAAUUCCACUUCGAUGGUUUUCAGUCAGGGCUGCUACAUGUCUAUCAAGCCCCUCGCAGCGAAUAGCAAGUUAACAAGGUGGCGGGCUCAUGAUGGCCUUGUUCUUUCGCUGAGCUGGUCCACGCAUUCGAAUAUUAUCGCAUCGGGUGGCGAAGACUUUCGGUUCAAGAUUUGGGAUGCACAAGGCGCUAAUUUGUUCACGAGCUCAACAGAGGAAUAUGCCAUUACUUCAGUGUGCUUCAACUCGGAAAAGGAUGUGCUUUUAGUAGGGUCCUUCAAUAUGCUAAAGUUGUGCUCCAGCGCAGGGUGGUCCUAUAGCAGCAGUCGUUUCAGUGAACCCGCUGUCGGUUCCUUUUAUACAAUGGCAUGGUCAUCGGAUGGCACACAAGUGGCUUGUGGCACUUCGACCGGCAACCUUAUUGUGGGUUAUAUUGUGGAACGCCAAUUAAUCUCACGCAAUCUGAAGGCAACCACAACGGGUCGCAAAACUAUUAUGUUACAGGACAUCACAAACAGUAGCAGCGAUAUUUUGGACUUUCCUGAGCGCGUCAUCAAUUUUGGUUUGGGAUAUGGGCACUUAAUUGUCGCCACUUCUAAUCAAUUGCAUAUUUACAAUGAGAAAUAUAUCAACACCCCGAUAAUUAUUGAUGGCAGAACAGAUGUGCGAGUGAUUGAAGUGGGCAAGAAAUUCUUCAUGGUCUUAGAUGCUACAUCGAUUUGGGUUUAUACCUACACGGGACGCUUGCAUUUGAAUCCACGCUAUCCAGGUUUACAAGCACAAGUACCGCUACUUACAUGGCGAGCUGUAUCUCUCGGAUUGGAUGUUUUAGCAAUACGAGAUAACUCAGAUAACACCGUAAUUCACAUCUUUGACCUCGUGCCCGGCGCUUCUAGACAAUAUGAACCACAUUCGCUGCGCGCAAAAACUCAAAUAUCCGAGAUCUCCGCAUGCCGCGCCGGCACACUGGAUGAUCAAUAUUUGGUGCUUAUAGACAAUAAUCGAGAAUUGUACAUCACAGAGACGCGUAAUCUAAAUAGCAGUGGUGGGGCUAGUGGCGGUGGAGUGGGCGGAGGUAAUGGUUUGGGGGCUGUGGCUGGAGUGAAUGGCAACACCGAACGCGGACGCACAAAUAACAGUGGUGAAAUUUACAAAAUCGGUACACAAGUGACGACCGUUAUGUGGGGCAGUGAGACAAAUAUUUUGGUGGGCGUACACGAUACCUGCUACAGCAUUUGGUAUUGCCCUGGCGAGGGGGCAGCAGAUCCAACAUUGAUUGCACUAACAACGAUCACUAUAGAUGCGACCGAGUUUGGUAAAAAUAUCACAUUGGAGUCCUUCGAAGAUGCCAUCGUUACUUUCCGCUGCGCCGGUGCUUUGCUGCCCGUCAAUGUGAAUAUAUAUUGUGAAAUUUUACAUCGCACGCUGAUGGAGGGUCAGUGGCAGCAGGCGCUGAAAAUUUGCCGUUUAGCACAAAGUGGCAACCUCUGGGCAACACUUGCUGCAGUAGCCACGCGCAAAAAUCAACUGCAAAUCAGCGAGGAGGCAUAUUCGGCAGCGCUGCAGAUCGACAAAGUCAGCUAUUUGCAAUACAUCAAAGAAUUAACCUCGGCGAGUCCGGAACAAAUGGCGGAGAACUCACUAAUGCUCGGACGCUUAAUCGAAGCAGAGACUAUUCUCUUGCAUAACAAGAAGUUCCCGGAAGCUGUUACUCUCUGCUUGCGUAUGCACAAUUGGCGGCGUGCCCUGGAGGUAGCGCAGAAACAUGAACCCGAACUGUUGGUUAAAGUGCUAGAGCAGAGACGUAGAUAUUUAAAAGCUUUACAACGUGAUGAAUGGGACACCGUAUUUUUACCAUUCCAAUUGAAGGAUAAUGACCUAAGUGAAUAAAAUCUAAUUCAAGAAUAAUUUA